GUUCAAUUGAAGUUUAAUCAGUAAAGUUUACGUAAUAUUCUUUUGUUUGAAUUGAGUGUGUGAAAAUGCUGAUGAGGCUGAUUUUCAUUUUUCUACUGGCUCUGGUGCCAUUUCAUCAUAAUGCUGCAGUAGAAGCCAUUGAAGUAAGUGAGCUGAGGAAACUGGCAGCAAAGAACAAUGUGACAUGUAUCUUGGUGUUUGGAGAUUCAAGUGUAGAUCCCGGAAAUAACAAUCAUAUUUCUACUAUAAACAAGGCCGAUUACUUGCCUUAUGGGAUGGACCUUCCCAAUUCUCAACCUACUGGCAGGUUCUCUAAUGGAAAACUUGCCACUGACUUCAUUGCGGAGGCACUUGGUUAUGUGAACUUGACAAGAGGGUUUCUGGACCCACAAAUAAACAAGGUGGAUAUGCUACAUGGCAUUAGUUUUGCAUCGGCAGCUUCUGGUUAUGAUGAUCUCACUGCCAAUUUGUCUAAUGCAAUGACACUAGCCAAGCAAAGGGAGUAUCUCGGGCACUAUGAAAUCCACUUGAGGCAAAUGGUGGGAGCUGAGAAAGCAAAAGAAACCAUGAAGAAUGCACUAUAUAUAAUAAGUAUGGGCACUAAUGACUUCCUCCAAAAUUACUUUGUGGAACUUGUACGCUCAAAGCAAUACACGGUGGAACAGUACCAGAACUUCUUGAUCCAUUCCUUGUUCACUCACGUCAAGCUUGCACAUAUAUCGCUGUUCAAUCAGAUACUAUUAUUUUCCAUCAGCACAAGUAAAAGGAUAAUUCAUGGUCAAGGAGCAAGAAGAAUUGCAGUGGUGGGAGUUCCUCCUCUUGGGUGUGAACCACUUCUUAGAACCAUUCGGGAUGAUGAAACAAAGUGCGAUGAUGAUUUGAACAAAGUUGCUUUCUCUUUCAAUCUAAAAAUCAAAAGAGAAUUGCAAGCCCUUAAAAGAUUAUUUGGCAUUAAAGCUUCCUACAUAGACAUCUAUAGCAUCAUUCUUGAAGCAGUCCAAAAUCCCCAUAAAUUCGGUUUUACAGAGACGAGUAAGGGGUGCUGUGGGACAGGAACAACAGAGUAUGGAGAGACUUGUAAGGGAUUGAAAGCUUGUGCUGAUCGAACAAAGUUUGUGUUCUGGGACGCUGUUCAUCCCUCUGAGAAAAUGUAUAAGAUCAUGGCUGAUGAAGCUCUUAAAGCAAUAAAUGUUGAUUUACUCGACUAAUAAUCAUCUUUUUUAAAAAAAAAAAAAUCAUUUUGUUAAUUGUUAGUUUCCUACCAAUGUUAAUGUCGGGAAAAACUGUUUUGUUUAGUCGUGCCUGUGUCUAUGCUUUGUGGCUUAUUCCAGAUUGCAGGAAAAUUAGCUUCUGAAGUGGGGAACUUUGGAAUGUGUGGUUCUCCAAUUUGCGUGUUGAUUCAGUUGAAUAAAUCUAUUAAUUUUUUGUAAAA